AUGAAACCCGCUGACAUCGUGACCGAUAGCAUUGCUACCGUUCCUCCUCAGAUUACGGUAGUUGAUGAUAAUGACGAUGAUGAUGUUGGUGAUGGUGAUGAUGUUGGUGAUGAUGAUGGUAGUGAUAGUGAUGGUGAUGGUGGUGAUGGGGAUGGUGGUAGUCAUCGUCAUAGCAAUGAUUAUAUUAGUG